AUGUUCCGGGCAUUCCCCCUGACUCUAGGAGAUAAAGCCCAAAGAUGGUUUAGGAGACUACACGAAAGGUCGGCAAAAGAUUGGAAUGACCUAGCCAUGGCAUUCUUGGCCCAGUUUAUGGGCUCCAAGGCUAGAACUACACCCAAAGAACGUCUAGUGAACAUCAAGCAGGGAAGAAGUAAAUCCCUCAAAAACUAUCUGAUACACGAAGACGGUCCAAGGACUUAUCACGAGUUCUUGAAUCGAGCUGAGAAAUACAUAAGCGCUGAAGAAGCAACCUCUGACCAAGAGGAAGCAAGACGCGAAAUUGACCUCAGUGAUGUGGUGAAAGAAAAAAAAACCAAGCCACAGUCCUCAACCAGAAAGAAAGAAGGACAGGAGAGAAAGAGAACGUCCAAGGGCUCAGUCAUACAAGUUCCGGGAGUACCACCCACUCAAAGCCUCCUUGGAAAAGGUAUUCACGACUUAAAAGAGGAAGUUGAAUCCUUAAUUCGACGAGGCCGGUUACAGGAGUUUGUUGCCAAGCUAAAAGAAGCAGAUCGACCUACGAUGCAGCAGCCACAGCUACAGGGGGCCCCCACACGAGCCCAACAGGCGAUCCCUAAUCGUAACCCACCUCCACAUGCCAAAAUCAAAAUGAUGGUGAGCAGAAAUCAAUAUAUUGAAGGAUCCAGAAGGGCCAGGCGAAAGCAAGCCCGAAGUGCAAAAACCGUGCCGAACUACUGGUAUCAAAUCCCUAGGAUCAGCAUUGACCCUAAAUCGUUCUGGUUCGCGGAAGAAGAUUCUAAAGGAAUCCUCCAAGACCGGAGUGAUGCCUUGGUGGUCACAAUGAUGGUCGCAGGAGUAAAAGUCCACCGCACUCUAGUGGACAAUGGAAGUUUGGUCAAUAUACUGUACUCACGAACCUUGAGGCAGUUGGAAAUAUCAGUCCGCUACCUCCAACCGUAUCCAAGGAAGCUACAGGGAUUUUCUGGGGAUCCUAUCGAAGCCCUAGGUCAGAUAGUCCUUAGUGUGGAGCUGGGCGAAGCUCCUCGCCAAAGAAGAAUCUUAGCGGAUUUUGUGGUGGUCGAUUUACCGUCCAACUACAAUGCAAUAUUGGGACGGUCCAUUUUACACGAACUAAAGGCUGCCAUUUCAAUUUAUCAUUAUUGCGUGAAAUUUCCCACCCCUUACGGGACUAGAAUUAUCCAAGGGGAUCAAGCUACUACAAGGGCCUGCAACAUCGACCUGCCAAGGCCACAAGUCAUCAUUCUGAGGAGUAAGAUGAACACACAAGCCGAGGAAGUAAGACCAAAGAGACCAAUCGUUGCAGAUCUCUCGGAGAUCGGCAUAACGGAAAAGAAUCUCAAAAAAGCCAUAGACGAGCAACUAUCUUUUGACGAGAAGGAGACAGACCCACACCCUUACCACAGAGUUAUGGUAAUCUCGUUGCCUGUAGCCGGGUAA